GAUGAUGUUUAUCUGUUUAGAAAAGAAGAUCAAAAAUAGAUUUUCAUUAUGAAACGUAUCAUAUUCUCUUCCAGGCUGAUGAAUUUGUGAAGGGGGAGAACGAUCCUAGGCGCUCGAGUAUCAACAAGGAGACAAGAAGAAAAAAAGAUUCCCACGUACGUACAACACGAAAGUAACACUAGUCUUCUUUGCAUGAAGAGGAGUGCCACGCUUGGUAUGACGAUAACGUAUUAACCGCAGCGUUAGCAACCUUCACCGUCUUAAAACAACCUGUUUCUUAGAAGCACUUGUAUGGUUGCAUGCACCGAGUCUCUAUGCGGUUACCGAGGAUUUAGUGCUUCUUUGCAUCUACCAACAACGCAAAACAUGUAAAGCACAUUUCUACUUAGACUUCCGAUUCACUACAGGGAAACGUUAAAAUACAUUAGUUAUGUAAAAACGAUUAAUGCCAACACCUAGUGUACUGCCGUAAAGACUGGAUUAACUAGUUCACAGGGAUGUCGGGGCUUAACCAGAAUAUCACAGGCAUUAACGGCAGCAAUGCUUCUAUGGCGGUCGAAGAAACAAAUUAUAUUCAAAAUGGUGUCGCUCGCGAUCCAAUUCUAGUCGUCAAUCUGUUCCUGCUGUUCGUGGCUCUAAUUCUUGGAACUAUUGGCAAUCUGUCCCUGGUAGUUGCUGUCGGGUGCAGGAGGGCGCUACAAACAGCUGUCAACGUCCCAUUGGUCAACCUGGCCAUUUCGGACCUGAUCAUCUGCCUUCUGAGCGUCCCAAUCGCGUUUGUGAUCAUUCUAGAGAAUUUCACGACGUACAUCGUGCCGUUAGAAGUUUGCGUAAUGCAAGGGUUUUUUCAAUCAACGGGGGAGAUUGUUCAGUUGUUGACAAUAGCUGUCAUCAGUUACGAAAGGUACCAGGCAGUUGCGAAACCCUUUGACAAAGAGCAAAGGCGUCUGAGAGUGAUCGUGAUGACAGUGGUGACGUGGACUCUUGGACUAUCCAUAGGCAUUAUAUGGGCUGUUCUUUUGCGCGAUUCACCUCUGUUUGAUAUGUGUCUGAAGUACAACACGGAACUUCUACAUAUGGAUGGCGUCUACAGCCUUUAUAUUCUAUCACCAUUAACCGUUGUAACAAUUCUUAUAGUGUCCGUGGCGUACUGCCGAAUACUUUGCAAGGUAGAGGAGAAAAGGAAGAUAUUUAGAAAACCGUUUGGCGGUCAAAAAAACAAGGUUCACCCGAUCAGAACUCUGUCAGAGGACGUUCCAAACGGGGAACAAGCCCGGUACAUAGUAAGUCCCCGGAAAGACAUGACUCAAACAACGGCAAUUCUUAACUCGUCAGAUUUACUGCCGUCAGGAACCCCUCAAGUGAGUCCUCCCGACCAACAUACAGUGGAAACGCACAGACUGAGCACAAUUCACUCAACGAGCACAAUAACUAAAGAGACACCCGGGUUGAAUAUAAAUGAAGAAAGUGUGCGUAGCACGCAGUGCGUUUCGAAUGAAGCGACUGAAAGGCCAUCUAUUGGUAAGACAAGUGACAACACCUUGCAAUUCCAUGAUUUUGGUUCAAAAAACAAUUUGCAGGGAGUAAAGCAGGAUUCGCCCAAUGUCUUAAACGCUGCACGAUGCGCGACUAAAAAUCAUAAAGAAGCGGCGUUUUUGAUGCUAGAUGGCGCGGAUUGUUGUGUGCAGUGCUCGGGGGUGAAUGUUUCUGCGGGAAAAAGGAAUCCAAACAUUGUUUCACCGCAGAGAGUGAACAAUUGGCAUUUACCUCAAAGAGUACAAGAAUACUCAGAGAGGAGUACAAACAUAAGCAAUCAAAAUGACAAAGAAACUCGCGCGAAUCUCCGAUAUUUAUCUUACAGCACAAUGCCAGCAGCACUAUCAGAUGUCUGUCGAGCCUCCAUUAGUGUAGUCAAAGACUUGUCUGUCAGUGAUGCACCUGACAGCACAAACAAAGAUCUCAUUGAGAAUGGGCAGCACCUUCGAGGCGACUCGGAUCGUGACCAAGGAUUCCAAGCCGUUCGUCAUAGUAAUCAGAGCGGCAAAAACACUGCAGAAAAAAGAGAAGACCAGAAUGUGACAAACGAAAUACAAGUGAUUGACUUUGAUGGCAACGUCACCACAUCGCAAGCAGUUGCCGUGGGUGAGGCAAAAAUAUACGGCUCGGUCUGCGUGAUGACUAACAAGAACCGAGUUCUCGGUAAGAGACGCCUGGAGACAAAACUUGCCAAGAUGACGUCGGUUAUUAUCGUGACAUUCUUUGUAUUGUGGCUUCCGGUUCCCAUAGCAACGGUCGUGCAGCGGACGUACUCUGGGCAGCAGGAAGGGGGAAGCUUCGUACUGGUUGAUUCUUUGCAGCUGCUGAUAGCUACAAUAGCUAUGUUGAGCGCUGCCGUUAACCCCAUCGUCUACGCCCUCCUUAACAAGAAGUUCAGAGCUGAAAUUGCUUGCAUCCUGAAACGGCAAUAAGACGCAAUACGUACCUAUUCGUCCGGGCAGUUGGUAUUUAGUAUAAUUUUUGAAGUUAAGGAUUAAAUGAAAACGAACACUGCACCUUGCUUUGUAAUGAACAACAGUUCCUCGUUGAGAUGUCAACGUUACUUGGCUGUUAAUCACAGGCAGGUUCCAAUAUUUGGUUCCUGUAUUUCUGAGGAUAUUGACUUCACAUUUAAGAAUGAUAUUAUUAUUGUGGGUUUGACAUGUCAUCCUGGAACCUCUAGCACGACAUUUAGUUUGAUAUUGUUUACACGUUAAUCUUCGUUUCAUUUGAUCUACAAUGGGGCUGUGGCUUUUAGAUGCUCUUUCCAAUUAGCAUCCAUAAAUUGUGUUUUUUUACACAUCCGUUCAAGGCCUUGCUCUUAAUAACUUGAUUACUUUUAAUGAUCUGUUCAAGUAUAAGUAAAUGGGUUAUAUUUUUCUAUCUGA